AUGUAGGUCACGUGAUCCACCCCACACCCUGGGCAAAGCGUGCCAACUUUGUGCUGAUUGGUCCAAGAUUAGAAGCUCAGAAGAAUUUAAGGCCGGCUGUCCAGACCCAUAUCAUGCCAAAUGGCCAACUCAGCCAUGGGGAUCAGAGGGCUGCUCUCAUGCUGUGCAGCGCUGCUGCUGUGUGGGUUCUGCUCUGCGAGACGCGUCGAACCCGUGUCGAAAGCUGGUGCCUGUUGGGCUAUGGGUGACCCACACUAUCGUACCUUCGAUGGACAAUACUUCAACUUCAUGGGGAACUGCACCUACAUUAUGGCCAAGAACUGCCAUGUUGAUGAUGACCACCCCAGCUUUCAAGUGGAGACCAAGAAUGAAAACCGUUUUGGGCUGCAGGUCACCUCAGUGGGUGCUGUCACCAUCAAAAUCUAUGAUGCUGUCAUAUCCAUUGUAAGCGGAGAGUUUGGGCUUGUCAGGAUUGAUGACGAGAUCUGGAGUCUCCCAGUCAGUUUGAAUAAGGGCACCAGCAGGGCCAACAUGUACCAGAGUGGUAUGUCUGUAAUCCUAGAGGCAGACUUUGGCUUGACGGUUCAGUAUGACUGGGAGGAGUACAUCUUGAUUACUGUGAAUGACAGCUAUGCCGGCAAAGUGUGCGGUCUUUGUGGGGACUUCAACGGCAACCAAGAUGAUGACCUCACCACUCCAAGUGGCACUGAAGCUGGCAGCAUAGUGGCUCUGGGCAAGAGCUGGAAGGUUCCAGGGGGAGCAGGUGAUGCUUCCUGCCAAGAUGAGUGCUCAGCUCAGUGUGAGAACUGCAAGAGCAGCGGGAUCAAAAAAUGGGAGGCAGAGGUCUUCUGUGAAGUUCUUACAAAGAUCAUGGAUGGGCCCUUCAGAAGCUGCAAAGCCAUCAUUGAGCCCAAGUUCUACAAAGAGAUGUGUCUUUAUGACUUCUGCAUGGGCAAGGGAGUGAAGAAGUACCUGUGCAGCACCCUGCAGGUGUACACCGACACCUGCCAGCGAGCUGGAAUCAAGGUUUUCAACUGGAGGGGACUGGCUGGCUGCCGUAAGUAA